AUGAAUAUAAUAAUUUUUGGUGCAAGUGGAGAUCUUGCAAAAAGAAAAUUAUUUCCUGCACUUGCCAAAAUACCUUUAAAAAAUACAAAAAUUAUAGGCUUUGCUAGAACAAAAUAUGAUAAGCCCUUUUCAGAAGUACUUAAAAGCUUUUAUACUUACGAAAACGAUUUUUUUUGUGAGUUAGUACAGUACAUCCAAGGAAAAAGUUACACAGAUUUAGAACCCUUAAAACAUUACUUUACUCCCGAAACAAUAGUAUACCUUUCGCUUCCACCCGAGGUUUAUUUAGAUACACUAAGAGUACUUUCUAAUUAUGAAUUUAAAGGCAUAGCUGUAGAAAAACCAUUUGGUUCAAAUUAUGGCGAAUUUUUAGAAUUUUAUAACUUUCCUACAGAAAAGUUUUUCUUUAUCGAUCAUUUUUUAUUAAAACCGCUUAUUGUUUCUUGGCCUAAUUUAAUUAGCACUAAUAAACAAUUUGAAAUGAUAUUAGAUAAAAAACAUAUUAAAAGUGUAAAAAUUAUUUUUAAAGAAGAAAUAGGAGCCGAAGGAAGAGCAUAUUUUGAUACACAUGGUCUUGUAAAAGAUGUAGUACAAAAUCAUUUAUCUGAGUUAUUAGCGGUGCUAAUUACUGAACAUCAUCCAGACACUUGUGAUAAAUUAGCCGAAGGUCGAGUGAGCUGUUUUAAAAAUACUAAAAUUAUUGAACAUUUAUCUUGUUUCGGACAAUAUAAUGAAUAUACACAUGAAAUGAACAAACCUUCUUCAACUGAAACAUUUUCAAUUAUUACACUUAAUGUAGAUUUUGAAAGAUGGGAGAAUGUUCCAUUUAUAACUAUAGCGGGAAAGGGAAUGAAUGAAAAGAAAACUGAAAUUAUUUUUGAAAUAAAAACAGAGGCCUACAGAGAAGUAUUAAAUAUUUGUAAAGACACGAAUUUUGAACACACAAUGAUUCACAAUAUGAGAAUUAUCUGUAAUUUAGCACCUAAAAACGAAGUAUUUCUUGAAUUUAUUUGUGAUCAAAAAACUGUAAAACACGUAAUAUUUACAAAAUCAGAUAUUUUAAAAUAUAUGCAUGAAAAAUACGGCGAGUACGAAAAUCAUGAAAUAGUUUUUAAUUCUUUCAUACAAGGGACUUCGUUUAAUGUUGUACGUUUUAGUGAAGCAGAAUUGAUGUGGAAGAUUUAUAGUGGCAUUUUAAAAAAGGAGAAAAAAUUAUUUUACUAUUCUAAAGGAUCAGAUAUACCGAAGGAAGCAGACUUAUUGUUAAAAGAAAUUGACGACAAAUAUUAA